AUGGCAAAUUUUUCAUCGACAUUAAAUGAAGAUAAAAAUAUGAUUCGAUCUGAUCCAUCAAGAAUAUAUGAGAUUGGUCAAACACCUCUUGCUCGAUUACGUCCAGAAAAACUCGAUGAUGCGGCAAUUAAAAACCAAAUAACAUUAAUUCAAGAAAUAUGCACAGAUAUUGAUCCUGAUGUAAUUGCACUUGUCUUUCAUGAAUGUGAUUAUAAUAUGCAAAAUACAAUUGCAAAAAUACGAGCAGGAGAUUUUGAGGAUGGUGGUUGGCAAAAAGCAAAAUCAAAUAAUAAAAAGAAAAAUCAUAAUAUAGGUGAUCAAAUUUCCAAUGGUAAUAUACAAUGUGAUAGUGAACGUUCUUUUUCUCAACGUACAUCACCAACUUCAUCACUUCGUGGUGGUAGUGUUGGAGUAAAUAAUCGACAAGAAUCUUAUCAACAUUCAUCACGUACGAAUCCUGGACGACGUGGUAAUGAUCCCGGUCGAAAUCAUUUCACUUCAAGAAAUCCACGUUAUCCAUCUCGUAAUUAUUCAAAUAAUAAUAAUAAACCAUUAUCAACACAACAAAACCCGAGUGAACCUAUUUCAUUAUCGAAAGAAAAAGAUGAAAUAAAACCAAUAAUAUCAUCAGCAACUGAUGAAUAUGAAUUUAAUAGUGGUAAUACACAAACAUUGACAUUUGAGAAUAGUAUUAAAACAUCAUCAUCAUCAUCAAAUAUAAAACGUUCAAUUCCACAAGAACCCGUAUCAAUGCACCCAACAGUACAAUUCUCAACAGAACCAAUUGAUAUUCAAUUUGGCGAUGUUCAAUGGAAUGAUUCUGUACCGAUAACAGUUACUCCGUCCAAUAGUUCUGUUUUGGCAAAGUCAUUAGACAAUCAACAAUCAUCACCGGUUGCAACUAGUAAUGAAUACCAACAACAAUUAGAUGUGCAAAAUAAUUUAUCAUCAAGUCAUAUCAAUCAGAAAGCAACGAAUGAAACUGAUAGAGAAUUACUUGAAACUACCAAUCGACUUUCAACUUCUUCAAUAUCAUCGUCAGUACCAAUAGCAAAUAAUACUUUAGCAAAUAAUUCGUCCGUCGUACCUCAAGAAGGAACUUCUCAUUUAUCUGAUCAUUUAUCUGAUUCAUUACAACAACAACAACGACAACAAGCACCUUUACAAAUAACUUCAUCAUCUUCAUCCCUUACAGAUGCAACACGUUUACCACCAACGUCAACACCAAAUGCUUCAGAAUAUGCUUCUCCAACAUCUCAAAAUAAUAAUCCAUUUAUAACAAAUAUUCUUCAACCAUCUUUAUCUACUACAAGUAAUGGUCUUGAUGGAAACUCUUCAGCUUUUACAUCAUAUAAUAUAUCUAAUACUUUCCAACCAAUAACAAGAGAUGUUUCUCAAACAGCACCAACUUGGAAUCACCAAGCAUCUAAUUAUAAACCAACAUCGAAAUCAACCAUGAUACAACCAGGAGCAUACCCUCAACCAACAUCAUAUCAAUUACCACCUCAACAACAAUUCAUUGUUGGAACUUAUCCAUAUCAUACACCUGCACUUUAUCCAGUGAUAACAACAUCAGUCGAUCCUUGGUCAACUACUGGAUUUGAAUCUUACUCAACAUAUCCAACACCUAAUUAUAUACCAACAUAUCCGGCACAACAACAACAAUAUCAUUCUACUGCUACUACAACACAACCUAAUAAACAUGAUCAAUUUUCCUAUGAUAAAGAUUUUUUUGCUAAUUAUGGACAACCUCGUUUAUCAAAUAAUGAAUUAUCUAAUUCGUCUCAAACAAAAGAUGCUCCUAUAGCAAGUAAAUUAUCUGCAACUGCAGCUACAUACUCUCAGGGAGCUCCAUUAACAGCAGCAAGUCCAGCAACAUUUUAUAUUAAUCCAUUUUUAUAUACAGUACCAACUUAUUAUGCUUCACAUCAAGAUCGAUCAAUGUCUUAUCCAACAAUUGAUAAUCGUGAUAAUCGAAAUGGUGCUUCAUAUGGCGGUAAUAACAAUCGAAAUCAUUAUCAUCAACAACAACAGCAACAACAACAACAACAACGUACAUAUAAUAAUUCCACUUGGCAUUCACAACAGUAA